AUGGCCUCAACAAUCUACGAUGCCCUCAUAGUUGGGGCAGGUCCUGCGGGCCUUUCUGCAGCCCUCGGUCUAUCUCGAGUUCACCGAUCCAAGGUUGUCUUCACCAAGCCACUCGACGCUGGCUUCCGAAACGAAGGUGCGGAAGAAAUGCAUAACGUAUUGUCCAGGGACUGUACUCCACCGGCAGACUUCCGUCAAAUUUCAAAAGAUCAGAACAUGAAGUAUAGUACAACCGAGUUCGUUGCAGCCGAGAUCACCUUCCUCAAGAAAAUCGAGCCCAAUGAUAAAGAUCAGAUUGCCCUUCCGAGCCACUUCGAGGCCCUCGAUCGCGAUGGUCGCAAGUGGCAUGGAAGGAAGAUUGUUUUGGCAACCGGAUCAGUUGAGGUUUUGCCAACCAAUAUCCCUGGAUACAAAGAGAAUUGGCCCCAGAACAUCUUUCAAUGCUUGUUUUGCGACGGCCACGAGCGAUCGCAUCUGCCGUUCGGUAUGAUUGGCUUUUCGCCCAUGCAUGCACACGCCGCACAGAUGGCCAACCUCUUGGUCACGAAAACGUCUGGUCCUCCUACCAUAUUCAGUAAUGGACCAAUCCCAGAGACUGAGUCGAUGCUGAAGGCAUUAGAAUCAGUGAAAGCCCUGGGUUGUAAGGUGGAAACUGGCAAGAUCGAUCGACUUGUGCCGGCUGAGUCGCCAGAGGUUGGAGUUACAGUCCACCUUGAAGAUGGAAAAUCCAUGCACUUGGGAUUCCUGACUGAUAAGCCGCCUACCGUGUUGGCCAGUCGAGACCUCAUAGACCAGCUAGGACUGGAAGUUGAAUCACACUCACUAAUGGGGGAACAUAUCAAAGAUCUUGAGCUGGGUGGUACAACAAAGGUGUCAGGAGUGUUCGUUGUUGGCGACGCUGGCACUCCCAUGAAGGCGGUUGCCAAUGCGAUAAGCUCCGGAGCAAAUGCCGCAGCUAACCUAACCCAACAAUUGGUCAUGGAGGAUUUGCAGAAACUACUCACAUCUCGACCGAAUUAG